AUGUCAUCGCUGUUGAAGGAGGAGAUGCAGAAACAGCUGUUCAGGCCGCAGGGAGAGAAACUGGAGGAGUUUAUAGAGAUUGAGGAGCAACAGCCAGGCAGACAUUUUCUCUGUGUGUCAGUGUCCAAGGGCAAACAGGUACAGAUAUCAGUGGUGCAGUGUAAGAAACUGGAACGUUCCGGUAAUAAAAAGCCUCAGCGUAUUGGUCUACAGGACUCAUACUUAAGGACUGAGGUCUGGGUACUCCAGGACCUCCAUCUUUUGGAUGGGCGAGACCCUGAUGUGGACGACCCCUGCUUCUUGAUGCAUUUCGAUUCAGUUCGGCCAGUGAGAGCGGUGACCUGCGCUGCCAAGUACUCCGUGGCUCGCACGCUCGUUGCCCUAAGCAAACAAGUGGGCCACGCCGAUCUCACCUUGCGGAAUUUUGAUUGGACCUACAUCAAUCCGGCAUCCAUCCACUCCAACAGAGGGGACUGCAUGGUUCUAAUGCAGAUAUGCUUCUACGCCAUCAGCCUGGUCUGUUUGUCUUUGUGUCCGGUGCCACUCUAG